AGGAAAGAGAUAGAAAAGAGAAUGGGGAAAUAAGGUGAAAUUGCGUGGUGUCUGAUUGUGAUAGCAAUUAGCAUGGUAUACAUGGAAUAGUGACUCAAGGCAAGGAUCGAUUUAGAGAGUAAGUGAGAGGGAGACACGUUACUUGACUUGUGUGUUUUUGUGAGGGUUAGGUUAUCGUGGAUUGCAGAGAUGGAGGCAUCAGAGAGCAACAAUCCAAACCCUAACCCCAUUCGGAAUUCGCUAGCGUCAUCGGUGCCGCUGUGGCCAACCAUCGAUGGCCCAUUGGGCCUGUCGGAGGAAGAAUCGGUCAGCUACGCUCGCCGCUUCUACAACUUUGGCUUCGCUCUUCUCCCUCUCCUUUGGGCCGUCAAUUGCUUCUACUUCUGGCCCGUUCUUCGCCACUCCCACUCCUUCCCUCGCAUUCGCCCCUACGUUCUGGGAUCCGCAGUUGGGUUUGCAGUGUUUGCCACACUUCUCUCUUCUUGGGCUCUAACUUUUGCCAUUGGAGGGGAACGCCUCUUCGGUCCUGUUUGGGAUCAAUUGGUGAUGUACAAUCUUGCUGAUAGGUUAGGCUUAACAGGCUGGAGCUAGUUCUGAAUUUGAAUUUGGUAGAUAUAUUUUCAUUUUAUUACCACACUUACCUUCUUCCCCUGCUUCGUCUAUGCAUCUUUUUUACCUACACAUUUGACUUUAUUCUGUCAUUCAAUUAAUGGUGAAUUUUACCUUACUGGCACACUUGAUAGAUCAAAGAACAAUGUUUUAGAAGAGGAUAUAGAUAUUGGUGUGCUGUUUUUACUGCAUUCA